CAAGGAUAUCAUCAAGAAAACAUAAGAGAUUCAAUAUCUGUAUUUUAAUCAUUUCAGACAAUUGAAUAAGAUUGAAAUUACUAGACACUCUUUUCGAGCUUUGAUUUUGGUCUCAUACAAAUUUUCUGAACUGUACUCUCCCUUUUUUAAAAACAGUCUUUUGCUAGUCUUCAGAGUAGGAAAUACGUUUCAGUACGACUGUUUUUGUUCCUUUCACUUUCUAUAGAAUUUACUAGUAAACUUUAUCCCUUUAUGGAAUGACUUCUGUCAAGGUUGUUUCAAGAAUUCGUCCUUCUAAUUCAUUCGAGCAAUCUUUAGGAUUUGAAGAGAUUGUCUCUCCACUGAAUGAAAAUACGGUGCAUAUCAAGACAAAUGAUUACACCGGAAAUUUUGUGUUUGAUAGAGUCUUUGGAUCAAAAAGCACCCAGGAGGAUUUAUUUUCUUAUUCUAUCAAGCCAACAGUGGACGAUUUGUUUCAAGGAUAUAAUGGCACCGUUCUAGCCUACGGCCAGACGGGCUCUGGAAAAACAUACACCAUGAUGGGAGCCGAAGGAGAUCCAAAUAGCUCUGGUUUGACCCCGAGAAUGCUUCAAAGGAUAUUUGACAAAAUUCGAUCGUCCCCUUCGACAACCGAGUACGAAGUUAAAGUUUCUUAUAUGGAAAUCUACAUGGAAAAAAUUAGGGAUCUACUUUCUCCUGACUAUAAUCAUUUAACCGUUCACGAAAACAAACUUCAGGGCGUUUACGUAGAAGGUUUAAAAACCGUAUAUGUGUCGAGCGAAGCAGAGGCUUUCCAAGUCUUGAACCAAGGGAUGAGUUCCCGUGCCGUCGCAAGUACCAACAUGAAUGCUACUAGCUCUCGAUCUCAUUCCAUCUUUGUUGUGGAGGUUGUACAGACUAAUAAUUCUUCUGGGGAAACAAGGCGCGGUCGUCUAUUUUUAGUGGACCUUGCAGGCUCUGAAAGUGUGGGGAAGAGCGGUGCCGUUGGACAAACGCUUGAAGAGGCAAAAAAGAUUAAUCGGUCACUUUCUACCUUAGGAAUGGUCAUCAACUCUUUAACAGAAAACAAACAUGGUCACAUACCUUAUCGUGACUCAAAGCUGACCAGAAUUCUCAAAGAAUCUUUGGGAGGUAACUCUCGAACGACGCUGAUUAUUAAUUGCUCUCCGAGUCUUUACAAUGCUAGCGAAACGCUCUCUACUUUACGUUUUGGCAAUCGCGCCAAGAAUAUAAAAAACAAAGCCGUCGUUAAUUCAGAGCUUUCAAUGGAAGAAAUGAAGAGAAAGUUGUACUUUUAUAAAGCACUACUGUCGCAUUGUGAUUGUAAUCUUUUUGAAAAGUUGAAACUGUCUAGCAAACAAGAUCCAUCAAGUUUGUUUGUGCAAAGAGAAAAUAACCCUUCUCUUCAUGAUUGUUUGCCUCCAGAAGAUUGUCUGGCAGCAACGGAUAGUUCAAAUAACUUUGAGUUGGAAACCGACAUGGUUUCUAAAUUGACAGAUUCGCAAAGUCCUGAUUCUCCCAAUUCAAAGACGGAGGCUGUUGAACAAUUGUAUGCAAGAGCACAAACAGAGCUCAAAAAUCGAGAUGGCUUACUAAGCUCUACCCGCCAACAGCUAUCGUAUCUUAUGGAAGCAUUAGGAGAUGCUCAUGAACGAUACGUAGAGUUGGUGAAAAACCAACGGAGUAAGCAGGACACAGAUAGUACAUCUCAACUUUCUUCAACUUUUGAAACCCAAGCAGGCAUGCAAAAGCAAAAUGAAGAUGAAAUAAACCAAGAACGUGAGUUAUUUUUACAAAAACUUAGCAUCUUGGACACAUCAUUGACGUCUCUGGUGUACGUCCAGCAACGCCUUAUUCAAACAGUCUCAUCUAAUAAGCGUCCACGAAGUGGCACUGUCAUAAAGAAAAUACAAGGAGGACACUGA